AUGAAACCAUUUAUUUUAUGGAUUUUACUACAUAACACCGUUUUUGGUCGAGAUGACUUUAUAUUUGGUUUUAUCAAAGAUUACAUACGAAAUGAAUUGGCCCCGACUGUCUUGGCUUAUGAUUUAUGUUGGAAUGAGGAAAAACAAAUAAGCUUAUAUCGCUUACUUUCUGAAGAUGGAGUCAGAAUAUCAUCAAAAUUAGAUGGUAAUAGUAAACUACUUGAUCAAAAUUUAUUAUUUCUCGUCGAUUUAAAUUGUCCUGCCGCUGAAAAUGCAUUCAAUAUAACAGACCAGUUUCGAUCUCCAUACCGCUGGCUGGUUAUUUAUGAUAACACCAGGAAUGUGGGAAAUGAUAAAAGGAUAAUUGAUCAACUAUGGAACUUGCCACUUUUAACUGACAGUGAUUUUGUUUUGGCCCAAAGAAAGGGCAACGCGCUGUCUCUUAUUGAAUUACACAAGCCAUCCCCAAGCGGCCCUACAUACUCUAAUCCUAGAGGCUUCUACAAUGGUACUCUUAUUGAUACCAGACCUCGCAGGGAAAUGUAUUGGAGACGGCGCGACCUUAUGGGACACCCCCUCACUAUGUCCAACGUCAUUCAGGAUAGUAACACUACAAUACAUCAUUUGGAGGAUCGCUUAAAACUGCAUCACGAUCCAAUAACGAAGUUAUGCUGGAUACACGUUAGUACCGCGUUUGGAAUGUUGAACGCCACGGCCCGAUACGUGUUCAGUUACAGAUGGGGCUAUAUUAAGGACGGCCAGUGGUCGGGAAUGAUCAAUGAUCUUAGGACUGGAAGGGCUGAUAUAGGUACUAACUGCGUACCAAACUCGAAACGUCUCGAAGUGGUGGUUUUUACUGAUUCGAUAGGACAGUUUGAAGUGAAAUUCAUUUUCCGUCAACCGCCCUUAUCGUAUGUGGCUAAUAUAUUCGCAUUACCUUUCUCGAAUUCAGUCUGGAUUGCCAUUGCGUUAUCUAUUUUGGUUUCCACAGCUGCUAUUUACGUUGCUAGUAGAUGGGAAAUAAAGAGAUUGGGUUUUAAUCCAACUCAGCUUGAUGGAAGCGUCGCAGAUGCUUUGCUGUUAACAAUGAGUGCUAUGAGCCAACAAGGAUGCUCCAAAGAACCGAAGGGGCUAUCAGGUCGCAUAAUGCUGUGGGUGAUAUUCGCUGCUCUCAUGGCGCUGUAUGCAGCAUAUGCUGCGCAUAUCGUGGUGCUUCUACAGGCUCCAUCUUCAUCUAUACGGACGUUGGAGCAAUUGGAACAAUCUGGAAUGACCCUUGGCGCCAUUGAUACGGAUUAUAACCGCUUCGUAUUCAGGAUGUUCAAAGAUCCAGUUAAACAAGCGAUAUUCAAAAAGGUUGAACCAGCUAAGGGAAAAUCGCAUUAUUAUAGUCUCAAUGAGGGUGUAAAAAAGAUUAGACAAGGACUCUUCGCAUACCAUUCCAUCCUUGAACCAGUCUACAGGCGCGUAGAAGAAACUUUUUUGGAAACCGAGAAAUGCGAUCUCAUGGAGAUUGAUUAUAUGAAUGCACGCCAUCCCUUUGUACCAAUUUAUAAAAACUCACCUUAUUUAGAACUUCUCAGAGUCGCAUUAAAGCGCAUACGAGAGUCUGGUAUUCAAUCUGCACUACAUCGCCGUUUACAAGUACCGAAACCAAAGUGUUCCGAUAAAAUUUCAUCGUUUAGUAGUGUUGGCCUUUUAAACCUGCGGCCCGUGUUGUGUUUUAUGUUAUAUGGCAUAGUGUUAUCCAUUUUUAUCGCUGUCCUUGAAAAUAUCAUACAUAAAUUGUUAGUAAUUUUUAGCUGA